GACGUGCGUGACGUAGCGUUGUAGGCUUCGCUAGUUUCCUCAACCAAACACUCAACUGAUAUUCUGUGAUAAAAACUGGAAGUCAGCCGGUGGAUGAAGGGGCCACUUAUUCAUUUAAAAAAAAAGCCCACCAACCGAGCGGCCUUCGUCGUUUCCAACAAACUCAGUUGCUGCGGUACUGAAACUUGUCUUACGAGCGAAGAGGACGGCGAAAAUUCGUGCCUGUAAAACCACCAAAGGCAGUUUUUUCAUUUUGCUGUGGCUGUCGAAAGGCGGGGAAUACAAAGCGACGUGUGGUCAAAUCCAUUAAAUUUUGGACUCGUCGAAGCAAAAACGGGAUUACUACCAAGCCAGUUCGUGCUGCUGUGACUGGUCAGCGAUAGUACAUGGAUUAUCUGUGUUUCCGGGCACUGUGCUGUAAAGGACCUCCACCGCCAAGACCGGAGUAUGAUGUGGUGUGCAUUGGCCUGACAGGUGCUGGAAAGACCAGCCUGCUCUCACGCCUCUGUAGUGAGGGCAGCGACGGUAUUGUUCCUACAACAGGUUUCAGCAUCAAAGCAGUGCCAUUUCCAAAUGCUAUCUUGAAUGUAAAAGAACUUGGAGGAGCUGACAACAUCAAGAAAUAUUGGAGUCGUUACUACCAGGGGUCACAGGGUGUAGUCUUUGUAUUGGACAGUGCGUCAUCAGAUGAGGACCUUGAGGCAGCAAGGAACGAGCUCCACUCAGCCCUGCAGCACCCACAGCUCUGCACACUGCCUUUCCUCAUCCUUGCCAACCACCAGGACAAGCCUGCUGCAAGGACGCCAAACCAGAUCAAGAAGUACUUUGAGCUGGAGCCUCUGGCCCGAGGGAAGCGUUGGAUCUUGGAAGGCAGCACCACUGACAACAUGGAGGCAGUGAAGGAGAGCUUUGGUCAGUUCAUUAGCCUGUUGGAGGACAAAGACACAGAGCCUGCAAGGAUAUGAUGCUAACGCUGCUAAUGCAGAGACAUUAGCGGCUAACAACAAAGAAACACCACAUCCUGCUGGUGCCCAUGGUCACACACUCACGCAUAGACACAAACAUGUACACACAAGAAAAUACAGCAGAUGUUGGCCUCUCUCUUCAAGAUGUGUAUUGUAUGUUAUCCUCCCUUCGCUGUGGUCUCAUUUCUCAGAUUGGAAGAGUGUGCACAAGCUACAGUCAGCCGCUACAACCUGACAGAGGAGAGCCACCAAUAAAACCCACCCAAUGUAAUGCAGUUUGUCAAGAAAAAUCAUUGAACUUUGCCAGAAAUGGAAAUCUUGUUUACUACUGUCUGUGCCAUUAUGAUUGAACCAGUGGCAUUAGGAACUUAUGGCAUUCCUCUUGUCAUCAUUGGACACUAACACACACACACAUUCUCACUCUUACACACACACACACACACACACAAAGUGGAGCGCAGGUUGUCCAUAGAUGUGUUGAACAUCUCCACUAAUUACUUUACAGGAUGCUUGGGUGGACGCGGUUGAUAUUCUUUCCAGUGAGAAGUACUGUACGGCUGUCAAGUGUGCUUCUACUUGUUGACUCGGUGACAACGAAUAUCAUUGUGUGAUUGGAGUGUGUAGUCCAAAGCCUCGUGUUAUGUACGGUAGUUACAUAUCGGUUUGUCACACCGUGUCUGAAAAUAUCUAAUCUGAAUAGUGUAGUCUGAGUAUCUCAAGUAUCUCAUGGAGUAUUAUGUACAUGCAAACAAGCAUAUUGCUGUGUACCCUCCUGUGCCGCCAUAGACAAGUACUACUUAUCAUGUGACUAAGUGCUAGGUGACUCCAUGGAGACAUGAGUCCAUUUGGAGAAAGUGAGAACAAGUCUGAAUGCUUUUUAUAAAUGUGCAACUUAGGAUAUAUUUUAUAGCUCUGUAUGUUAACCCUGUAAAGCUACGUUCAGAUUUUUUAUAUAUCAUACCACAUUUAUGAAUUCUUUCAAAUCAGACCAAAAUAGGAAGGAAAAAAAAAAGAACAGCGAUGAUUGACCAGGUUUGGUGUAGCCACAAGGUAGAGAAAUGUGAUAGUUUAAUUUCAGUGUUUAGCAAAUGUCAUGUUUGUUUUUGUUUUUCUACAUUUUUACUGUAUUUUUUUUUUUUUUUUUUUUUUUCGUUUUGAAAUUGACGUAAUCCCUCUCAACACUGGCUAGCGACUCCAGUCUGCCGUCAGGGUCGAAUACAAACUCUAUCAAUCAGCCACGGCAACAGCUGCAUCUGACAAGUCCCUGUCCAACACCCUAAUGCCUUCCAACUGUCUGUGAAGACCCCUCCCUGUCUGCCGUUUAUCGUGGACCCCCGCCCCACCUCAUCCCAACCCGCUCCAAUCAACAUUGCCCCUCAACUCCAGCUCCACUCCCUGUCCCCAUUACUGCUCGGUGGGGUUUUUCUCCCAGAUGCCAUCUUUCAGCCCGGCUGCCCUCGUGUGGACUCCAAACUUCUAAAAAUGAAUCGUAUUCAUUGUGCCACAGGUGUGUCAUUGUUCCCAGGAUGUGCUUCAAUAAUGGAUAAUGUUCACACCUCCUUCCUGCGUGCUUUGUGAUUUUGUUGUUGUUGUUGUUUUGUUCAGUAUUUUGUCAGGGUUUUAGAGAUUUAACAACUUUUUGUACCUGACAUGAGAUCUGCCAGGUAAUUUUUUUUACAAUCUGGGCCGAUCGGUGCAUUCGGUUGCUCGAAUGCAAAAUAAAUCUGUCAACUAGGAGGGAUUAUACCAAUGUCGGACUUUGCAUAUCAUCCGCUGACACAUAGGUUUUAAAACAUUCGCUGCAGUCUGUUUUGUUUUUUCAAUCAUGUGUUUUGUCUAAAAUGGCAAUUAAAGUUUUAAAAAUUAAAA